GCGCUACACUCGCGCCAGUCUCGCGCGGACCGCUGUCGAGGACGGACGCUUGCCGCGCUUUGUGAUGCGAUCGGACAAUAUAAACUAGUUUUACUUCGAAACAUCCAGUGCGUUAUUUUUUUCAAAUUCACGUGCAUUUGUGGACAACAGUUGUGAUUGUAACAAUCGAUUAACCGUACGGUUUGAUCGGGAGCCGUUGACUUUAUUAAAACAAAGCCAUAGUUUGAGGUGAACGUGCUUCAUUAAAUCGUAAAACACAGAAUAUUGCGGCUCUGCUUCGCGGAAGGACGGGGCAUAUUGGCCGACAAUGAAUUAGAUAUCGCGCCAACGAUAUCGAAACGAACGUUGGGGAUUUCGCAAAGACAAACAACGGGCCCAUUCAGGAACGGCCACCGCGGCCAAUGAUGAGUAAUAAGGGAUGCCGGUUUCCUGAAGAUGGCCUCGCGCACCCCGUCCCUUGAGUCGCUGCCCGGUGCCAACUCUAUAGGUUCCCUGGAGCGUGGCUCCCUGUCCCCCCUCACUCUGAGCGGUUCGUCGCCUCCCGCGAGCGACUCCGCCGUAUGUGACCUUCGCGAAUUCGACGGACUCGACACAACUUGCGCUAUCUGCCGAGAGACAUUCGUCGAUCCCAAAGUACUCAACUGCUUCCACACUUUCUGCCGGGGCUGCCUCGAGCGAGAACAGACGCACCCCGAGAAGGUCACUUGCGUCACGUGCCGUGUCGACAGCCAACUCCCCGCCGCUGGAGUUCCAGGACUGCUCACGAACCUCGUUAUCGCCGCUGCGGUCGAACAGGACGCCGAUCUCCUACCGACCGCGAGACAGACAAGCUCGCCUUCAGCUCGUUGCACGGGCUGCAAAUCGAAGGACUUGGACGCCGUAGCUCGUUGCGUCGACUGUGCUAACUUCUUGUGCCCUAACUGCGUCAUGGCGCACCAAUUCAUGCAUUGCUUCGAGAGCCACCGGGUCCUCAACUUCACGGACCUAAAAGACGACAAGGGUAUGCUUGGAUCUACAAUAAUGACUAGCGGCGACAAGACGGCUUUCUGCCCGAGACAUAAAAAUGAUAUUCUGAAAUACUUCUGCCGCUCAUGCUCAGUGCCGGUGUGCAAAGAAUGUACUCUUAUCGAACAUCCAGCUACUCUACACGACUGCGAACAUUUAGCAGACGCCGGACCUAAGCAAUUAGAGCUCAUGCAGCAAUCUAUCAAUGAAGCCAAGACGCGCGCCACUGAGAUAAGGCACGUGGUAAAAACAGUGGAACAUGCCGCUGGAAAACUUCAAGUUCAGUAUCAUAAAGCUCAAAAUGAAAUUAACGACACCUUCCAAUUUUACCGUUCUAUGCUUGAAGAGCGGAAGCAAGAGUUGUUAAAAGAACUCGAAAGUGUUUUCUCGACCAAACAAAUAGCACUGACUGUGGUGGGACAAAAGGCUCAGGAGACGGUUGACAAAAUUUACCAAACGUGUGACUUUGUGGAGCGAUUGACGAAAUGCGCUAACAUCGCUGAAAUAUUGAUGUUUAAAAAAUUAUUAGACAGUAAACUACAAACACUUAUGAGUUCAAACCCCGAACAGAGCGUUCAAACGGCAUGCGAGCUCGAAUUUGUUUCAAACUAUCAAGCCAUUCAAGUUGGCGUACGAAACACUUUCGGAUACGUGCGUUCCAGCUCCGAAGCAAAUAUUGGUCCAUCUAAGCAACCACCGAUUGCGCGCCCAACGAAUGGCUCUUUAAUGAAUGGAGGGUCAUCUUCUAGCAGCAGCAGCGUAAAUGGGAGUUCUGGAAGUUUAAACGGAGGAAUUCAUCUACCAACAGGACUUAACGGCGUUCUCGAUCGUCCUUAUACGAACGGAUUACUCGGCCCUACGAGCCAAUCGACGUCACCAUUCGAAUCGAACAUUAUUUCAAAACGAUUCAACAGCCCAAACAGUCUCGGGCCUUUCUCUUCUGCGAUCGGAGAUAUUAAUCUGAACGGGAUCAAUCCUUACGAAAAAUGGUCCAACGGCGGUUGCGACACACUUUUCCCUCCUACCACCGCAGAUCCUUACUCUCUAACAAGUGCACCACACUCUGAUCCAAUACUUGAUUUGACAAGCAAACUAAUUUCGACUGCGAUUUUCCCGCCAAAGUCACAAAUCAAACGACAAAAGAUGAUUUAUCACUGCAAAUUUGGCGAAUUCGGUGUCAUGGAGGGUCAAUUCACAGAACCUAGCGGCGUAGCUGUAAACGCCCAAAACGACAUCAUUGUUGCUGAUACCAAUAAUCAUCGCAUUCAGAUAUUCGACAAAGAAGGCCGAUUUAAAUUCCAAUUUGGUGAAUGUGGGAAACGGGACGGCCAACUUCUUUACCCGAACAGAGUCGCAGUAGUGCGCACAUCUGGAGAUAUCAUUGUAACAGAAAGAUCACCGACACAUCAGAUUCAAAUUUACAAUCAAUACGGUCAAUUCGUUCGUAAAUUCGGUGCGAACAUCCUCCAACACCCUCGAGGGGUGACUGUCGACAACAAAGGCCGCAUCGUUGUCGUCGAGUGCAAAGUGAUGCGCGUCAUUAUAUUCGACCAAGUCGGCAACGUUCUACAGAAAUUCGGAUGCUCAAAACAUCUUGAAUUCCCCAACGGAGUGGUGGUGAACGAUAAACAGGAAAUUUUCAUCAGUGACAACCGCGCGCAUUGCGUUAAAGUUUUCAACUAUGAAGGUAUCUACUUGAGGCAGAUUGGAGGCGAGGGAGUAACCAAUUACCCUAUUGGAGUGGGCAUAAAUGCCUCAGGAGAGAUUUUAAUAGCCGACAACCAUAACAACUUUAACUUGACAAUAUUCACUCAGGAAGGACAACUAGUUUCGGCGUUGGAGAGUAAAGUGAAACACGCUCAAUGUUUCGAUGUGGCGCUCAUGGACGACGGAUCGGUCGUGCUCGCCAGCAAGGACUAUCGCCUCUACAUAUAUCGCUACGUUCAAGUGCCACCAAUAGGCAUGUGAACUACCCGUCCUUACAGGAGAUACGAAUCCGACAAAAACUAAGCCAAAAAAUC